AUGCCGCUUCUCAUCCCUUCCGAAGUCUGGGCCAAAUGGAAGCCAGUCCUAGAGGAGCUUCAUGCCGAGUACGAAUUCCCUGUCAACACCAAAUCAGAGCUCAACGUCUUGCUGUCCUGCUAUGGCGGCGAAGGGAUCUCGUUCUGUACGAACCAAGAUCACUGGCGAUUCACAUGCGACAUAGUCCGAUCUGGCGACAAUAUCGAAGAAAUCACCACUAUCUGCGUCAUUAGGCGACCUGAGAGGGGCAAAGUCGCUGAUGGCUGGCUCAUCACACAAACAUGCAAGAUUCAUGGCCCACAAAAUGCAGACAAGGUUGUUGACGACAGAAACAUCGGCUGGUUCAGGAUCACCGGCAAUGGCCACAGCUACCAGCACUGCUGCGGAGGUGAAAUAACUGGACCAUAUAUCACUAAGGUUUCUUGGGGAAACUGGGACGUGCUUCGACUCCGUGUCAACCACCAUUGGAAUGUUCAACAGAUUGCUUCACUUCGACAACAGCUGCAAGAGAGACAGAGCGAAAAGCUAUUGAAGCGGAAGGUGUCGCUGGUCGAUCUCACUGAGGAUGACACCGCGGAUUCGCCGACUGUCAAGAAACUCCGAAAAAGUAAGGCAAAGUACAAGGACGGAAAGGCGGAAGCGGAGGAUAGAGCAGCUGCCGCGGAAGAUCGAGCAUCUGCUGCCGAAAGUCGAGCAUCUGCCGCCGAAUCCCGUACAAAGAGUAUGGAGCAAGAGAUCGAAACCUUACGGGGAGAGCUCAUUCAGAAGAAGAUGCUUGUCACGAAGAAGGACAAGGCGAUUGAUGACCUUCGUCGUCAGUACGCCAUCAAGGAUGUUUCGCUGCAGAACCUGCGCGAAGAGGUCGCCAGACAAAAGAAGAACAUUGCUUUAAAUCACAACGAAGACCUCAACGAACAUUUGAAAUCCGCCAUGAAGAUCGAAGACGACAAGGCCAUAGAGCUGGCGACUGAGAACACUGUGCUGAAAGGAGUGGUUGAUCGCCAGAAAACCGACAUAAAGGAGCUCGAGGGAAAAUUGACGCACAGAAAUCGAUGCUUGGUCGAAUAUCGCAGGGAAAAGAAACGCCUGGAGGACUUUAUACUGGAAGAAGUACCGCAAUACAAGAUCCCUGUCAACCUUCUGGUCCAAGCUGGAGACUCCGACACGCAUGCAGCAUCUGUCAUCAGCACUCAUGCUUCUGACCACAAUGGCAACAUUCAUCCCGAUCGCCAGGCGCUGGUUCAGACACCACCAGCUCAGAGCUGA